GAACCGUGGUGCAGCAAGUUCCUCGGCAUGCCCUGCUGGAAGCGCGACGCCGAGGCAGACCCGGAACCGUGGUGCGUGCAGUUCCUCGGCAUGCCCUGCUGGAAGCGGGGGGCCGACAACAACAGCAAUAACAACAACAAGGAGGAGAAGCGCGAGGCGGCACCGGCGGCGGAGCCGGACCGGUUCUGCUCGCGGUUCACGGGCUCGUCGUGCUGGAAGCGCGACGGCGGCGCGGCGGCGGCGGAGGAGGUGAGGCGGUGCACGGGCGAGGGCCGGGCGUGCUGGCGGGCCAAGCGGGCGGCGGCGGCCGUCAUCAACGCCAUCGACGUGGGCAACUCGGUCAAGAUGGCGCGCGACGCCGACCCGGCCUGGUGCAGGCACUUCCUCGGCGUGCCCUGC